CAGACCUCCGGCAGGUGACAGUCUUGGUAGCAACGGCAGGGGCACCAUGACAGCAGGGUCCCAGGGUCCACGUUCACUCAUCCUGGGCCUGCUGCUGUGCACGCUCGGCCCUGCCCUGACGCAGGGUGGGAAGCUGUUGGUGGUCCCCAUAGACGGCAGCCACUGGCUGAGUUUGGUCGGGGCCAUCCAGCAGCUGCAGCACAGGGGACAUGACAUAGUGGUCCUCGCAUCCGAUGCCUCCAUGUACAUUAAAGAAGGGGCAUUUUACACCUUGAAGAGGUAUCCUGUGCCAUUCCGAAGGGAGGACUUGGAAGUGGCUUUUAUAAACCUUGGGCGUAGUGUUUUUGAGAACGAUCCUUUUCUGCAGCGCGUGGUCAAAAUAUACAAGAAAAUCAAAGAUGACUCGGCUCUACUUUUUUCCGCCUGCUCCCAUUUACUGCACAACAAGGAGCUGAUGUCCUCCCUGGCAGAAGGCAGCUUUGAUGCUGUAUUGACAGACCCUUUCCUUCCCUGUGGCCCCAUCGUGGCCCAGUACCUGGCUGUGCCUGCUGUGUACUUUUUGAAUGGAAUGCCGUGCAGCCUGGACUUUCAGGGUACCCAGUGCCCCAACCCACCAUCCUAUGUGCCCAGGUCUCUGUCCUUUAACUCAGAUCGCAUGACCUUCCUGCAGCGGGUGAAGAACAUUCUCAUUGCCUUGUCAGAGAACUUUCUGUGCAGCAUGGUUUACUCCCCGUAUGCACCACUUGCCUCGGAAGUGCUUCAGAAAGACGUGACUCUCCAGGACCUUAUGAGCUAUGCAUCUAUCUGGCUCCUCAGAAGUGACUUUGUAAAUAAUUACCCAAGGCCCAUCAUGCCCAAUACAGUUUUUAUUGGUGGGAUCAACUGCGCUAGCAAAAAGCCACUAUCUCAGGAAUUUGAAGCCUAUGUAAAUGCUUCUGGAGAACAUGGAAUUGUGGUCUUCUCCUUGGGCUCAAUGGUCUCAGAGAUUCCGGAGCAGAAAGCUACAGAAAUUGCUGAUGCUUUGGGCAAAAUACCUCAGACAGUCCUGUGGCGGUACACUGGGACUCCACCACCGAAUCUUGCAAAGAAUACAAAACUUGUCAAGUGGCUGCCCCAAAAUGAUCUGCUUGGUCACCCAAAGACUCGGGCCUUUAUCACACAUUCCGGCUCCCAUGGUGUCUAUGAAGGAAUAUGUAAUGGUGUUCCCAUGGUGAUGAUGCCCUUGUUUGGUGAUCAGAUGGACAAUGCGAAGCGCAUGGAGACCCGGGGAGCCGGAGUAACCUUGAACAUCCUGGAAAUGAGUUCAGAAGAUUUAGAAAAUGCCCUGAAAACCGUCAUCAGUGACAAAAGCUAUAAGGAAAACAUCAUGCACCUCUCUCGCCUUCACAAGGACCGCCCCAUGGAGCCUCUAGACCUGGCUGUAUUCUGGGUGGAGUUUGUGAUGAGGCACAAGGGGGCGCCACACCUGCGCCCUGCGGCCCAUGACCUCACCUGGUACCAGUACUACUCUUUGGAUGUGAUCGGCUUCCUCCUGGCGGUCGUACUGACAGUCAUCUUCAUCACCUUUAAGGGCUGUGCCUUUGCCUUCCGGAAAUGCUUCGGGAAAAAAGAGCGAGUGAAGAAAUCUCAUAAAUCCAAGGCACACUGAGAACUGGGUUGGAAACUUGCAAACAGAGUCAGGUUAAAUUCAUGUUAUGCUUAUUCAAGAAAUACUUUGCCAAAAAAUAACACCCCAGAGUGUGUUUUAAAAAAUAAAAAUGAUCUAAGCGUUAGUCACACAUAUAGGUAGAGAUAUUUAAAUAUCUUUUCUGCUCCCUCCAGGAUCUUUAAUCUGGACUACACUUGUCAUCUUUCAAAUGACUUGCAAAGAGGGUUGGAUAGGUCCCUCCUUCAAUCUGCAGUACUUCACCUACGCAGAAAUGGGACUUGUUUGGGAACCACUGCUUCCCCCUGCCCCCCCCACCCCGCCCCAGGAUGAGUUGUAACCUCAUCUUCUGGCAUCUGUAGAUGGAUGUGAUAGAUUCCUUCACCAAUAAUGCCUGGUUCUAAAUUAUGCUCAUGCUUCACAGAUGUCACUUUGUGCAUCUAAGUAAGGAAACGUUUAUUCCUUGUACUUGAUAUGAUAUGAAUGAAUGGUAUAGAUUUCUGACUUUGGGGGGGAAAGAAUGAUGUAUAAAAUUGAUGGGUGAUAUGCCUGUGCAGACAAUCAUUGCUUGAGCCAAAUGGAUCUGAAUUUGACAAAAGCCUAAAUUAUAGCGACUGGCAAGUAUAUUUUCUCUGAUGUAAUAACUAAAAACAUAUUAAUAAAUUCAUAUAAAUUAUA